GAUGGGUCCAUUUUCGAGGGGAAUGCUCGUGAUCCUCCUGUUCAUUUCAUUUUUCGCCUUCGCAGAGUUGAUUCGGGAAAAAUUUUAGAAUCUCUACGUGUCCGACGAGAAUCACGAGGGACGGAAAGCCUUUUGACCGUCGAAUGGGAGGGAAUCCAGACAGGAGACCAUCCUGAAACUGAUGUAAAGGGCUUCCUCGUCGAAUAUCGUGCUGAAAAGGACAAACAUUGGAUGGUACACUCGGGAAUUAUUCCCUAUAAAGGACCCAAUCACCAGUAUCGAGUGCAGAUACCAAAACUUCCGACCGGAGUGGCAUAUUUUGUCCGUAUCAAAGUGCUCGGAGCUCAUAAUGAGAUUCUAGUGGAGACAGCGGAGAUCCGAGCUCGAAACGAGAUCGUCUCGAUCAAAUGCGAAAGC